CGCAUUAGACCCUAUUGUAGCUUUCUUGCGCAUUACGCAAUCGAUUGACGUUUAUAUAUAUUAUUGUUGUUAUGAGUGCUUUUGUUAACAAAAAAAUGGAUAAUUAACAAUACGAUCCUAAAGGAUUUUGAGAAAAAGCAGCAAUAACAAUGACGGUCACAAAAGGCAAACGAAUUUAUUCAUUCCCUGUUGGUUCCGGAAAUAAUUCAGAUGUUGAAACUCUCCACUUGGGCAGUGCAUCUGCUAGUGAUACUGAGUCGUUGAACAAUGAGCCAGUGUCCAGAAGCAGGCCUUUUAUACCUCCUCUUUUCAAGGGUACUAGAGAAGAGUUAGGGAAUCUUAAAAAAAAUUCUGGUAGGAAGAAAUUAAGAAGAUACCAGAAUCGUUGCUUGUUGCAAACUCUUGCUGAAGAGGAGGGAGAUGAUGAGUCUUUUGUGGUGAUAAUGGAGCCUUAUACAAGUCCUUUUGCAAAACUACUCCAAGACGAUGAUGCCUUACAAUUCUGGAAUGCUUUUGUUGACAAAUCUGAGGAAGAACAAGCUCAAGUUGUUGCCGCUUUUUCUCAACAAAAUUCGAAAAAAGAUAAGGAUGUGCAGAAGGGGAAGCCAUCCGCUCGAAUUUCGCCAAAAAUCAAACGUACAAUCAAAAUUAAAAAGAACUUGUCGCUAGAACAAGUGAAGAAAUCUGAAGAUGAUCUAAUUGCCUUCUUUAAGUCGACACCAAGUCAGGUCUAUGUCAAAUGCCCACCUACUUACUUUGAAAGACUGCUUUUACAUGCCAUUGCUCAAUAUCAUGAUCUACAGUCACUAGGAAUGAAUGAGGAUGGGAAUAAAAGAGUUGAAAUUUACAACACAAGGGAAAAUUGGAAUCCUGCUGAUUGCUUCUUGACAGAUUUUGUUGCUCAGUUAAGGAAAUAAUUUUCCUUCCUGUAUUUUAUAUAAAUAACGUGAGCAUGAUGUAUUGUUUUUAUUGCAGUGAAUGUACUUUCACUAUUAUUCUUCAUGAAUAUUUAAUUUAAGAUGUUUUAAUUGUUGUUUUUGUUCAGAGUUUUAUUUUGUAAUGUACGAAUUUUAAGUCGUAUAAAUCAAUACAUUUUUCUAUUUGUUUAAAGUAUUAAUACAUUGUGUAAUAGAUUUUAGGAGUUACUUAGAAUGAUAAUAAGUGUGUUCUCUUAUGAGGUUGUCUAAGAAUAAUGCGCAGGUGCCACCACAUUGUCACUUUUUCAUGUGAUUUUUUGUUACAUUCUCGGCAAAUGAGCUACUUUUAUCGUACCUAUUUUUGUUAUAUGUGCAAAUUGAUUCUCAAAGAGAUUCUCAUUUGAAUAAAUAGUUUUUUAAUCUUA